ACUGUGUCACGUCAUACAGAGAGAGUGUUCUUUUUUUCUUGUAGCUCGAGAAAAUAUUAGAAGUGAAGAAAAAAAAUCACGAAGUGUUCACAAAAAUUGUGCAUCAGUUUAUAAAGUUAUUUUGAUUAUUAUUUUUCGAUUCAAAUUAUAACAACAACGAAAUUCAAUAUGGCAAUCAGUACAACAACUGUUGAGUGUAGUACAUCACCUUCGAUGAUCAGUCCAAAUAUUAAACGUGAAAAUCAUCGUGAUGAUCGUGCCAAAGUUGAAAAGCCGAUCGCUUUUUCAAUUUCAAAUAUUUUAAGCAACAAUUUCGGCAACAAUAAAGUGCUCAGUGAAAAGAAUAAUGGACUUGUGUUCCGACCAUACGAUAAUGAUUGUGAACAAUCGUCACCAAAAAAAAUUAAACUCGACCAACGAUCCGACGAUGAAGAUUCAAACGACAAUGACGAUGAUGAAGAAAUUGAUGUAACUGAUGAUCGAAGUGACUUCCGUCAAACUGCUGCCAUCGAUUUUAGCAAUCCACUUCCAAGUAGUGAUGUCCAACGUUUUGCACAAAAUCUUUUCGUGCCACAACAGCAAGCGCAUCAACAUUAUUUCCAUCAGCAGCAAUUAUUGAGCCAUUAUCAUGCAGCAAUGGCUGUUGCCCAGCAAUCACUUCAUCGUGCUGGAGUUCAUAGUCUUAUAGAUGGUGGCGGUGUCAUCGAUCGAUCACCACCCUAUCCCGACUUUUAUCAUCAUCAACAGCAACAACACACAUCAGUCAGUGCCAAUAAAAAACGAUUCGAACCAAACAGUUUAUUAAAGGACACUGCCCUAGCCAAAUAUGCUCCAUUGGGAGAUCUUUGUAAAACUGUAUCACAAAUUGGCCAAAGUCCAAGCACAUCACCAUCUUCAAUGAGUAGCACCAAAUUACCAUCAUCAACAUCAUCAGAACCAUCAUCAAAUAAAAAAUCAUUGAAACGACCUGCAUCGCUUCUAGACCACACACCAAAUACAAGUGAAUCAAAAAUCGCAUCAAAGUCACCGUCAACAUCAAAUGAAACAUCAACCGCAAAGAGCACACGAUUGGAGAAUUUGGACUCGGGCAUGGAAUCAUCGGACGAUGCAAAAUCAGAGACAAGCAGCAAUAAAGAUGAAAAUGGACAAAUGUGGCCGGCAUGGAUUUAUUGUACACGAUACAGUGAUCGGCCCAGUUCAGGACCACGAUACAGAAAACCAAAAGUACCCAAAGUCAAAGGUGAAAAUGACGAAAAACGACCACGCACCGCUUUUUCAUCCGAACAGUUGGCACGUCUCAAGCGUGAAUUCAACGAAAAUCACUAUUUGAAUGAACAACGUCGCCAAAAACUAAGCUCGGAGUUGGGUUUGAAUGAAGCACAAAUUAAAAUUUGGUUCCAAAAUAAACGGGCAAAAAUAAAGAAGACAUGCGGCCAAAAGAAUCCACUGGCAAUGCAAUUGGCCGCACAGGGAUUAUAUAAUCAUUCAACGGUUGCACUAACAAAGGAAGAUGAAGAGUUUGAAAUGCGAAUGAAUGGCCAGCUGUAAAGUGAAAAUUGGCACGCAAUCAUCGUAUUUUGUGUGCAUGUGUGUUUGUAUAUGUGCUACAAAUCGUACGUGCUUCAACCACCCAGAAGUCAAAGUUGGCGUUCGCUGUGUACAGAAUAAAGGUGUAAAAUGAUUUAGUCAUAAUAUUUGUAUUUGAGAAAUCAGUUUGAAUUUUGAAGAAAAAAUCAAUGCACCUUGCAUCUGUUUAAUACCUCACCCGGGCUCUACAUCAGAACAUUGUGCAAUCGCUCUAGAUAUAUUACAAAAUUAUGAUAUGAUGUCAUAUAGUUUUUUUUUGAGACAAAAGAAAUAAUAGAAAUGAGAUCCAAUGAGCAGAGCAUUGUUACCAUUUCACACCAAGACUGCGUGUUUUGAUUAAAAAAAAGCAAAUUUUGCAAAGAGAAAAAGUCAAAACACAUUAGUCAUUGUGAAACUUACUCUCAUUUUGAUCUCAAUGAAUAAUCGAUUAUCAUAUUUUUUGUAUAUUCUAAGUAAUUUUAGUGGUAAAAAUGAGGCUUUCCAUUUGAUCAUAGUG